AGAAGGCACCGGGAGUGGAUCCCCCGCUCGGUUUUCAGUGUAAUCCCGUCUUCAGCCCGGCGCACUCUCUCUCUCACUCAGUCGUCCGCCAUGGCGACCGCGGAAAGCCUCCUCUGCGGCCCGAGCAGCUCCUGAAAACUCCACCCCGGAGCUCCCCUUUGACUUCUGGGUGUUAUUCCCGUAGCCUGCGCCGCUGGACGUGGAUGUAACUCAUACCUCCGCUCAGCCGAGGGGUGGGGGGGACACUACCUUCGUGUGGACAAACCCGCAUUCCGUGCGAACCGGUGAGCGUUGCAGUGCAGCAUGGCAGAGCCGGAGCCGAUGGCCCUCGGAGCAGGGCAGCGUCUUGGCGCCCCGGAGACUCUCGGCAUCAGUACACUGGACCCCGGGCACAGACCCCCCGCCAUGCCCUCUGGACGCCAUGUCACCAUCAGGGUCCGCAUGUUGGACGACACAGAGGAGCUCUUUGACGUGUCGCAAAAAGCCUCAGGCAAGGUGCUUUUAGACAUGGUGUGCUCCCACAUGAACCUCGUCGAAGGUGACUACUUCGGCUUGGAGUUUCAGAACCGUCAAAAGAUGAUGGUUUGGUUGGACCACGUGAAGCCCAUUAUGAAGCAGCUCCGACGACCGAAGCAGACGAUCCUUACGUUUGCUGUGAAGUUCUUUCCUCCGGACCAUGCUCAGCUACUGGAGGAGCUAACUAGGUAUCUGUUUGCACUCCAGAUCAAACAGGAUGUUUCCUGUGGACGUCUGACCUGCAAUGACACCAGUGCAGCACUGAUGGUCUCCCAUAUUAUCCAGUCUGAGAUUGGUGAUUUUGAGGAGAGUCAGUGCCGGUCACACCUCCUCAACAACAAUUACAUCCCGGAUCAAAUACCCCUCAUUGACAAGAUCAUGGAGUUUCACUCCAAAAUCAUAGGUCAAUCACCAGCAGAAUCGGACUAUCAGUUACUAGAAGUGGCUCGCAGGUUGGAGAUGUAUGGGAUUCGCCUCCACCCUGCCAAGGAUCGCGAGGGCACGAGGCUAAGCCUGGCCGUGGGGCACACCGGUGUCCUGGUCCUUCAGGGGCAUUCAAAGAUCAACGCCUUCAACUGGUCAAAAGUGCGUAAACUGAGCUUCAAAAGGAAACGUUUCCUCAUCAAGCUGAGGCCAGAUCCAAAUAGUUCACCUCAGGGCACUCUGGAGUUUCUGAUGGGCAGCAGGGACUGCUGCAAAGUCUUCUGGAAGAUCUGCGUCGAAUACCACGCCUUCUUCCGCCUCUUUGAGGAACCCAAGCCUAAGCCCAAGCCUGUGCUCUUCACACGCGGCUCGUCCUUCAGAUUCAGCGGUCGCACACAGAAGCAGGUGAUCGAUUACGUGAGGGAGUCUGAGUUUAAAAAGAUCCCGUUUGAAAGAAAACACAGCCGGGUCCAACACAACGUCCGCCUGUCGCCGCUGCCUUGUCCGCGCCCGCAGGACGUGCCAACAGAAGGUGAGUCUCCCGAGGACGGAGCGGACUCUCCUCCUCGCCGUCAUUGGAAGGAGUCUGUGUUGGUGAGUGCAGAAGACACCUCUGCCUCGAGGACGACCAGUCCGUCUCACCAGAGGAACGGCCGCGAGGACAGAGCGGGGCCCGUGUCUAUGGCCGAGGAGACGAGAGGCUCGACGCCGCCGACCCACCCGGAACGUCAGAGUACAGAAGUGGCGCCCAACAGCCCUCACCCGUCUGCGUCCUCUGGCCACUCGCUCGGCAUGGUCAACGGUCAGAGGUCACUGGAGCCGUGCGGUCACAGUCCCGACGGCCGACCGCCUUCCCCCCUGACCAGCCCGCUGCUGAACCACGCCGGCAGCGUUCGCACCGACGAAGAGGACGAGGUUCGAAGGAAGAGGUUCCCAACGGACCGGGCCUACUUUAUCGCCAAGGAGCUGUUGACCACAGAAAGGACGUAUCUGAAGGACCUGGAGGUGGUGACUGUGUCUUUCCAGAGUGCUGUAGGACAGGAUGAGGCAACUCCAGAUUCUCUGAUGAAAAACAUCCUCUGCACCUUCGAGCCUCUGCACAAGUUCCACAAAGGUUUUCUGCGAGAGGUGGAGCAGCGGCUGUCUCUGUGGGAAGGACGCUCCAAUGCUCACAUAAAAGGAGACUACCAGCGCAUUGGAGAUGUCAUGCUGAAGAACCUGCAAGGCUUAAAGCCCCUGACGGCAAACCUGCAUAAACAAUCUGAAGUCCUGUUGGAGCUGGAGAAGGCGUGCAGGGCGUCCCGCAGGUUGGAGGGUCUCUGCAGGGACUUUGAGCUGCAAAAGGUCUGCUACGUCCCGCUCAAUGUCUUCAUUCUGCGGCCUCUGCACCGCCUCAGCCAUUACAAGCAGCUCCUGGAGCGCCUGUGCAAACAUUACCCAGCUACUCAUGUGGAUUUCAGGGACUGCAGAGCUGCUCUGGCAGAUGUGUCCGAGGUGGUGGAGCAGCUCCAGGGAAGCCUCAUCAAGAUGGAGAACUUCCAGAAGCUUUUGGAGCUGAAGAAGGAUUUUAUUGGCGUUGACAAUCUUGUUGUUCCUGGUCGGGAGUUCAUCAGGUUGGGCUGCCUCAGUAAACUGUCUGGAAAAGGCCUGCAGCAAAGAAUAUUUUUCCUGUUCAACGACGUCAUUCUGUACACCAGUCGAGGGAUGAUGGCGACCAAUCAGUUCAAAGUGCACGGCCAGCUGCCGCUGCACGGCAUGACAAUCAGAGAGAGUGAAGAUGAGUGGGGGGUGCCGCACGCCUUCACGCUGGUGGGAAAGCAGCAGUCGGUGGUGGUGGCAGCGAGUUCCCUCAUAGAGAUGGAGAAGUGGAUGGACGACAUACAGGUGGCAAUAGAGAUGGCGAACACCAGCAAUGGGCCUUCAUCUGACCUUCUGACGAGCAGCCUGAUAGACAACAAACGCCCAGACGUCUCCUCGGCGGAUGCGGAGUGCGAGGACGACGUAACGGCGUCGCGCACCUCGCUGGAGAGGCCCGCCCCUCACCGUGGUAACACCAUGGUGCACGUGUGCUGGCACAGGAACACCAGUGUGUCCAUGGUGGACUUUAGCUUAGCUGUGGAGAACCAGCUGUCUGGAAACUUACUGCGGAAGUUCAAGAACAGCAACGGCUGGCAGAAGCUGUGGGUGGUCUUCACCAACUUCAGCCUGUUCUUCUACAAGUCUCACCAGGACGAGUACCCGUUGGCCAGCCUUCCUCUGCUGGGUUACUCGGUCACCAUCCCCUCGGAGACGGAGAACAUCCACAAGGAAUAUGUCUUCAAACUGCAUUUCAAGUCCCACGUCUACUAUUUCCGAUCGGAGAGCGAAUACACAUUCGAGAGGUGGAUGGAGGUCAUCCGCAGUGUCACAGUCCCCCUCGGCAGCGCUCGCAUCCUAAACAGCAGAGAGUCCCGUCCUCGCUGAGUCGGCUCUUCUCGCCUCCACACGCGCGUCCCCUCUCAGGUGGCGCGUCGGCCCUUCCUGUCCACCCGGGACUCGCUUUGCUUUUCUCUUCUACACAUAUCUGGGACAUUUGUACACGUGUCCAUGCACGUUUGGUGCUUUUAAAUGCUUUAAUGGUGACAUGUCCGCUGGUUUAGACUGCAUCAGAGACGGCAAUUUUUUUGGCAUUUUUACUCUCAACUCUGAAACCUCUUUUUAAGGAUGUCAUUUUGUACUGUUUUCUAAUAGUCUGAACUACUUCCUGUCUUCCUGGUUUUACUUUUUGUCACUGGUUGUUUUUACAGCAGGAACAUGUUGAUGUAGAUGUUCAGCAGUCCUUCAUCUUAUUGAGAAAUGCUGCUUUUAAAAUGUCCUCCAACUUCAGUGCCAAACUGGUUUAUGUCAAUGUGUCCUGGACUUUUAAAGAUGCUGUUACGUUGGGGAUGAGGAUUGUCUCCUAAUGCAGAAUGCCAUUGCAAUUUAAACCAUGUAAAAAAAAAAAAAGGCCGCCCUUUAACGCUCAAUUCACACCCGUCGCAGCACGCUGUGUUCUUGUUUAAAACAUAAGUGCUGAAAAUAUGAAUUUAUUUUGUUGGAUCAUUGACAUUGAUCCCAAAGUGGCCCGGGAGUAGCUGCCAUCAGAGUAUUGCCAUUUCAAUUCAAAUAUUUUAUUCACUGAUCUUUGUUAUAUCAAUAACUCGGACAGCUUUUUUGUUACCAGCUAAAGGUCCCCAGCAGCGGGAUGAGAAAGUGUGCGACUUAUUCACAGAAAUUGUAUCAUGAAAGUCGAUGUCAUUGAAAGCUUUAAGGUUUGUGUAAAACAAUGUAGAAACUUUCAGUUCCAAUCAGCAUUGCGCUCACUUAACUAGGCUGCCUCUUGUAUACAUAUAUACUGAUGCCAGAUCUUUUUAUGGUUCCAAAUGAAUGGAAAUAUGCAUUGGACGGGGUUUUGCAGUGAUGCAAAUGAAAUGGAAAAUCUCAGUUUAUUGCAGCUGUUUUUUUUCUUUCUUUCAGUCCACAGAGAGCUGUUUGGAAAUGAAAGCAAUAAAAGACAAAAUGAUUCAAACUGA